CUGAAUCGCGCGCUGUGUGUGUGUGAGGCCGUUCAACAGCACUAAGGUGAGAAAGCAGAGGGAGGAGUUUAAACUUGCCCGAGGCUUUGGCAGCCGAGUGACUCUCAUCCCUCUCCCGGGUUUAUAUGUGGACUCGUGCGUUGAUUUCUCCUGCUCCACAGCAGAUCUGUGCGCUCGGAGGUAUCGUUCAGGAGCACCGGCUCUGUCUUCUACCGGACCGGACACCCGUCACCAUGGCAGACACUUACUAAAGCCAUCACGGAGAGAUACGCGUUUGUACCGACUAUGGCUGUAGACGCUGCGUCCAGCUUCAGCUUCUGUCGGGCUGCGCUGGAGCACACAGUCUCAGCAGAUGAGCUCAACUAUCAGCUGCCACGCAAGCCCGGGGGCAACCUGACCUGGCAUGAGGGACGCGGUCAGAGGGUGACGAGGAGGACCGUCAAACUGCUGCAGCAGCCCGGCACAGAAGGAAUACAGAUCCAGCCAGGAGAGGCCUUCACUGUGUACCACACCAGCCCGACGCUGUCCAGCUUGUGUAAACCAGUGGUGCUGUGGACCCAGCAGGACGUGUGUAAGUGGCUGAAGAAACACUGUCCACACAAUUACCUGACCUAUGUGGAGGCCUUCUCUCACCACGCCAUCACAGGUCGUGCCCUGUUGCGGUUGAACGGAGAGAAGCUGGAGAGGAUGGGUAUAAUCCAAGAGACACUGAGACAGGAAGUCCUCCAGCAGGUCCUACAGCUACAGGUCAGAGAGGAAGUGCGUAACCUACAGCUGCUCAGCAGAGCUUCCUUCGGCAACAUUUCUUAGCUCGUCUAUCCUUUUGGCAGUUCUUUUGACGUCCCGGCAGAUACGGGAGGACUUGUUCCAAUCGGCUACAGACAGAGAGAGCGAAUCUGCCAGGAGGUGAAGCUGUGGACUGUUUACUCAACACCGAUUUAACAGACAGGACCGUCUUUUUAUGCAGAUCUGAAUGGGACUCAAAAGGACAUAGUCGGACUCUAAAACUGUAAUAUAAUGCUAAGAUUCAAGUCUCACCUUAUCUCUACAAAACCUAGAGCAUCAACCAGAGCUCUGUUAGACAAUAGUGAGCAUACGGAUUGGAUCAUGAUGUUGGCCCCAAAUCAAAAGAUGAGCAUUGAUCUCAGAUCACGUUAAGGAUCGCUUCAUCUCAUUCUCAUCUAGUGUUGGGAUGUCUGACAAACCUGCUUUUUUAGCCCAGCAUCAUUCACUCAUCAUGGACGUAGAUGCAAUGCUGAAGAGAUCCUGUUUCUACAAGUGUGGGAACAGACCAUUCCUUCUCCUACCUCUCACGAUAGAUUGUAGCAUUUCUUUUGCAGAGAAUUAGAUCUAGAUUAAGGCAUGAAGUUUGAUUACCCCAUAUCUUCGCAUUCAAGCUAAAGGGAUGUUCACACCGACAAAAACAACGACUAAUAUGAUCUGAAACUGGAUAUUAUGGACAAUUUGUUUCAAAAUGAACAUUGAAUGUUAAUAGCAUCAGAUGUACACACCUAAAAACCAACCUUCGUUUUGCUUUUCUUCUCAGGACGUUCAAGAGCUUCGUACAUUGUUCCUGCUGUUACCUUCAUAAGUUAUAUUCUCGAUUUCAGUGUCCUUUUAAAAAUCUUGCACACAGUGUAGCAGGUUUUCUCCUAAUAUACAAAGAAUAUAUCAGAGUAUGAAUAUACCUUUACUCUAGGAGUUAUAGAGAACAUGUAGAACUCGUCGUAGAAGUCCCAGUUGUCCAAGCAAUAAUGUAAAGAGGUGCCACAUGUCUGCAUGGUUAGACCUGUUAGAGACCUGUUUUAAAUCACAAAAUGUAGGUCUGCAACAUAACAAAUCCAAAAGCUAACUUUAAAUGUUGCUGGUUGCGUGAACUAGGCUUUUGAGUAAUGAGGUUUGUUAUCUCCAAGAAUGCAAGAAGGCAUGUUAAGUAUGUGCUGCUGUAGAGGCAGUGUGUUUCCUCUAGUGUGAUAAAAGAGCUUUUGGAGAGAGAAUGUAAUUCUUUCCAUAUUGUGAUUUUGACUUUAUUAGUGCUGAUGAAUCCUGUACGCUUCAACACUCAACUACACUGUGAUGCAGUGGCAUGUUUAGGGAAAGCUUGAAUGUUAGUCUGAGUUACAGUAAAAUCUCAUUUUUACAAAGCAGCUGGAGUCUCAGUGUGACGCCAGUUAUUGUUCAAGGCUUUUACACAAUGUACUCAAAGCAAACCAGUUCAGUCCAUCCUGGUUGUAAAUGUUUAUAUGAAACUGACAGGCCGGAAUUCUCUCUGAAAUUCAUGUGAUGUCAUGAUUGAUGGGUUUCUAGGGCAUUUCAGUGAUUCUUGGAUUACGACACACUAGCAUUUUUUUUUACUCCAGACAUGCAAUGGGUUUUUCCUUUAUAGUCUUGUUAUGCAAAAAUGUGAGGGAAAUGAACAUUGGUUAUGUAAUGGCUUGCUACCAACAUGAUUAUACAAGACAUGAUGUGGCAGAGACAGCUGUUUUGGAAUAAAGUUUUCAAAAUACA